UGUUCCUCUGUUACACUGAAGACAGUGCAUCCAUUCAACAGGGAAAGGGGUUAUUAGCCAUAAAUUAUUGUCACAAUUGGUGCCUUAUCCUUUUUUUGUAGUUUGUGGAGAGUGUUUAACAGCUUGUUGAACAUUUAUGUCACUUUGACGAAGGCGGAGUUUUAGUUUCUUUUUAAGACACAUAGGCAAAUAGUACAGCUCAAUAUAAAGGUGCACUAUACUUUCAAAAGUGUGCCAAAACGCAAGACAGCGGAUCUACCAUUUUCAGCAACACCUCCAUUGUGUGAAGACUUUGAAUGCAACAGAUGGAGAUUUUCAGAAGAUCUGUGACAAUCUUCAGUCUCUGUCUCUUCCAUAGUACACUAAUUGAAACACAGAGCAUGUGCAAAGGCAAUCUCCCACUGGUAAAGCAUGUGGCAGUAAACAGCAAUGCUACUGUAUCUUGCCCCAUACUCAGUGCACCGGAAAUGGACUUCAAAUUAUUCAAGGGCUCAGUUCAGGUCAUCUCCAGUUAUAUCAACACACAAAGCACACCUGUCAGAAUAUCUGACAGCCCAGAGGCAGAUUUCCCUGCCCAUUUCAGUGUUAAUUUGACAGAUAACAGUACCAGCUUCAUCCUACUCAGUGCGACAAUGAAUACCACAGCCCUGUACACCUGUGAGGCAGUGAAAACUUAUCCUCCUCCGCUCGUGAACGUUGACGAGAUGCCACAAACGAUUGUGUUUGUUAAAGAGAGUCCACGUAAGCAGCAUUCUCUCUGUCAACAUGCCAAUCACCUGGUUCUAUGGGUAGUGCUUGGAGGCAUGACCAUGUAUGGGUUGGUAAUGACUUGCAUUGUCCUCAUGCUCCGGAUCAAGUUGAGCCAAAUGGACACUCCCUGUUAUAGCAUCAAAAACAUGAAGUUCAAAGAAUGCAGACGGAGAUGGCAGGGGGUUCAACACCCAACCCGACAGGGUUUUUACAUAGACACUGUAGCAUGAAACUGCCUGGUAACAUAUAAUGAACCCUGAUCAAAACAGCACCAAAACUACAAACAAAAAAAAUCAGAAAACCAUGUUCAAAAUAGGAGACUGCUUUGGUGGCAUCCAGAGAUAAGAAAAAUAAAUCAGAAUUUUUAUCAUUACAUUUUACUAACUAUAUAAUUUCAUGUAACCAAUCAAAUGUAGCCUAAAUAUUUUUUAACCUAGCUGGUAUUUGUUUUUAAUCUAAAUUUGAAAAUAAAAAUAAUAAACACAAGAAUUCC